CCGCGUGCCCGCCCCUCGCCAGCAGCAGAGGAGGAGGUGGCGGUGGCGGCUCUGGGCGAGGGAGCGCGAGGGGAGUGAGAGGCGCCGUUGCCGCCCCGGUAUCCGGCAGGACCGCGCGGAGGAGGCGGGAGCGCCCCGGCGGCGGAGGGACCUGAGUGGCGGCGGGAGCAGCAGCAGCAGCAGCAGCAGGAGGAGUCAGUGCCCGGCCCCCCCUCCCCGCGCAGCCCCGUUGCAGCCCCCCCCCUCCCUCCCGCCCUCCGCGCUCCGCAGCCACCAACAUGUCGGCGCCGGCGGCCAAAGUCAGUAAGAAGGAGCUGAACUCCAACCACGAUGGGGCCGACGAGACCUCAGAAAAAGAGCAACAGGAAGCAAUUGAGCACAUUGAUGAAGUACAGAAUGAAAUAGACAGACUGAAUGAACAAGCCAGUGAGGAAAUUUUGAAAGUAGAACAGAAAUACAACAAACUCCGCCAACCAUUCUUCCAGAAGAGGUCAGAAUUGAUCGCCAAAAUCCCGAAUUUCUGGGUAACAACAUUUGUCAACCACCCACAAGUAUCUGCACUGCUGGGAGAAGAAGAUGAGGAAGCACUGCAUUACUUGACCAGAGUUGAGGUGACAGAAUUUGAAGACAUCAAAUCAGGUUACAGAAUAGAUUUUUAUUUUGAUGAGAAUCCCUACUUUGAAAAUAAAGUUCUCUCCAAAGAGUUUCACCUCAAUGAAAGUGGAGACCCAUCUUCAAAAUCAACUGAGAUCAAAUGGAAAUCUGGAAAGGACCUGACAAAACGUUCAAGCCAGACACAGAACAAAGCCAGUAGGAAGAGGCAGCAUGAAGAGCCAGAAAGCUUCUUCACCUGGUUCACUGACCACUCUGAUGCAGGGGCUGAUGAGCUAGGAGAAGUCAUCAAGGAUGACAUCUGGCCAAAUCCCCUACAGUACUACUUGGUUCCUGAUAUGGAUGAUGAAGAAGGGGAGGGAGAGGAGGAUGACGAUGAUGAUGAAGAGGAGGAAGGAUUAGAGGAUAUUGAUGAAGAAGGAGAUGAAGAUGAGGGGGAGGAGGAUGAAGAUGAUGAUGAGGGAGAGGAAGGAGAGGAGGAUGAAGGAGAAGAUGACUAAUUGAACACUGAUGGAUUCCAAACCCCCUUUUUACCUUUUUAAUUUUUCUCCAGUCCCUGGGAGCAAGUUGCUGUCUUUUUUUUCUUGUGCUCAGUCGCCUUGUUCUCUUGAGGUCUCUUUUUCUCUCCUCUACACCAUGGUUCAAGAUUUCUUUUGGGGAAAUAUCUUGAGCAGAAUACAGUGGAAAAGAAUCUACCAGUUUCUGUUUCAAGUUCAUUUUUAUCCCUUUCUGUCUCAAAACAAAAACUGUUUAUGAAUUCAACACACCAUGUUCUGUGGGAAAAAAGAAAACCUUCUGCUCCCUUCACUCUGCUGGAAGCUGAAGAGUGCUAGGCCCCUGUGUAGUAGUGCAUAGAAUCUAGCUUUUUUCCUUCUUUCUCUGUAUAUUGGGCUCAGAGAUUACACUGUGUCUCUAUGUGAAUAUGGACAGUUAGCAUUUACCAACAUGUAUCUGUCUACUUUCUCUUGUUUAAAAAAAAAGAAAAAACGACAAAAAAAUAAAAAUAAAAAUGGGGUUAUAGAAGGUCAGCCGGGGUGGGUUUCAGAAGUUUGGGUGGGUUAAGUGGGCAUUUUGACAACAUGGCUUCUUCUCCUUUGGCAUGUUUAAUUGUGAUGUUUAACAAACAUCCUUGCAGUUUAAGAUGACACUUUUAAAAUAAAAUCUUCUCCUAAUGAUGACUUUGAGCCCUGCCACUUGAUGGAGAAUCAGCAGAACCUGUAGGAUCUUAUUUGGAAUUGACAUUCUCUAUUGUAAUUUUGUUCUUGUUUAUUUUUAAAAUUUUUUUGUUUUGGUUUUUUUUUUGGUGUUUUUUUCCUUUUUUUUCUUUUUGGGUUUUUUUUUUUUUUUUUGUUUCACUGGAAAGGAAAGAAAGAUGCUCAGUUUUAAACGUUUAAAGUGUACAAGUUGCUUUGUUACAAUAAAACUAAAUGUGUACACAAA